AUGGCCGAGGCUGGAAGCCGGGAGCUCCCCAGGGAGCACGCCUUCCUGCCCGAACCCUUCGACGGGUCUCGGGGGGACGCGGGCCGGUGGUUGCACCAGCUGGAGGUCGUCGCCGACCUCAACAACUGGGACGAGGCCACCAAGCUGCGCUUCCUGGGCUCGGCCCUGCGCGGCGGGCCGCUCGACCUGUACGGGGGGCUCGGCCCCGAGGCCCGCCACAACUACCCGGCCGUCCGGGCCGCCCUCCUCGGGGCCUUCGGCGGGCCCGGCCCCCGGGAGAUCCUCCUGGCCCUCAGCAUGGGCAAGGGCUACUACCUCAAGGGCAGCAUCGAGGGGGUCCCCGUGCGCUUCCUGGUGGACUCCGGGGCCCAGGUGUCCGUGGCCCACCCCGACCUGUGGGAGCGGGCCACCGACGGGGACCCGGACACCCUCCGGCCCUUCGAGAACGUGGUCAGGGUGGCCAACGGGGCCGAGCUGAAGAUCCUGGGCGUCUGGGACACGGUCGUCACCCUGGGCAAGCUGGAGAUGGACGCCCAGUUCCUGGUGGCCGGCGAGGCCGCGGAAGAGGCCAUCAUCGGCACGGACCUGCUUCAGGACCACGGCGCCAUCCUGGACUUCAAGCACCACACCUGCACCCUCAAGGGCAAAAAGUUCCGCCUGCUGCCCGUGGGAGGAUCCCUGGAGGAGGAGUUCGACCUGGAGCUCAUCGAAGAGCGGCCCUGA